CUUGCACUCCGCUCUACUCCCCCCUCUCUCCCCGUCGCCCCGCGACAUUUCCCCCCAACCUUCCCGGAAUUCCGGCGACUAAUUUUUGAAACCCUAGCGGAAUAAAUACAAAAUCCCCGCCGUUUUCCCGCCGGAUUUUUGCUGUAAUUUUGGAUGGCGGAUUCCGACAACGAUUCUGGCGGUCACAACGGCGGCGCGAGCAGAGAUUCGGCGAGGGAGCAGGACAGGUUCCUGCCGAUAGCGAACGUGAGCAGGAUCAUGAAGAAGGCGCUGCCGGCGAACGCGAAGAUCUCGAAGGACGCCAAGGAGACGGUGCAGGAGUGCGUGUCGGAGUUCAUCAGCUUCAUCACCGGCGAGGCCUCCGACAAGUGCCAGCGAGAGAAGAGGAAGACGAUCAACGGCGACGAUCUUCUCUGGGCGAUGACCACGCUCGGCUUCGAGGAGUACGUCGAGCCUCUCAAAAUUUACCUGGCCAAGUACCGGGAGCUGGAGGGGGAGAAAACCUCCCUAGGCCGCCCUGGCGAGAAGGACGGCAGCGGCGGAAGCGGCGGCGGCGCCUCCGCAGGAGGCGGCGCCGGAAUCGGUCACGGCGCCGGCUUCAACGGCGGCGCUCCGAGUUCCGCCGGAAUGUACGGCGGUGUUGGAGGUUCGAUGAUGUACAAUCAAGGCCAGAUGUAUCAUCCACCUGGAUCAUAUCACCAUAUGGAUAUCGGCGGCGGCGGAGGCGGCGCCUCCGCCGUGACGCAAAGGUAGGUGGAAGAAAAGGUGCUUUUUGGAAGCCAAUAGGGUUAAUCAUAUGAUGAAUCAUUCAGUCAGUAGACUACUACUCUUUUCCAGAUUUUUCUGUUCUUGAACUCAUUGACAAGUGGAGGUUAGAUAAAUAUGCCACCAUUUUCUAUACUUUUUUUUUUUAAAAUUUAAUCUUUAAAGUGGAGAUUUCAGUGGGAUGCAUGUGUAAUCUGCGGAAAGGUGGGUGAUGAUUUAUAAUGUACAGAUAGAAAGAAGCAAAAAGUUGUGACCUUCAAUGCUAAAGUAAGGCCACCAAAAAACUUCUAUCUUUUAAUGAUUCCUUGCCCUC